AGACAUGGUGAGGAAGAAGACAACCAACCAACCACACAAGUUGGGGUUUCUGACGCUGCAAUUGAAGGAGAGAAUCCCUUUCCCUAGUGUUAUCUCCUCAUCCUCCUUCCUCUUAACCCCACCACAAGCCCAUUCUUGAUUGGUCAAGAUUUCGGCUUCAAUACUUACAUAUCCUGUUGUGUGGUCUUUGAGGCCACAAUUCUGUUUCUCUCUUGAAUUGGAAGAGGCCCAGAGUUCAAAGGUUCUACCUUUCUGUCCCUAACGUCCUCUAAUGGCGAGUUGGGUGUUAUCAGAAUGUGGUCUCCGACCAUUCCCCAAAAUCUACCCUAAGCCAAGAACUGGGAUGGGUUCUCUCAGUUGUGGCAGCCCCUCAAGGGUGACAGUUUCAGGAACAGAUCUGGGUUCUUGUUCGUUGAUUGGGAUUAGAGAGAGGAGCUGGGCAUUGAGGGUGAGUGCCCCGGUGAGGGUCCCCUCAGUUGGGGAGGAAGAGGAAGAAGAGAGGGAGAGAAUCAAUAGCGUCAAUGGGGGUGGGGUUGAGUUUUUUGACCCUGGAGCACCGCCGCCAUUUAAGCUGUCUGAUAUCAAAGCAGCCAUUCCUAAGCAUUGCUGGGUGAAGAACCCUUGGAAGUCCAUGAGCUUUGUGGUUAGGGAUGUUGCAAUUGUGUUUGGAUUGGCAGCUAUGGCUGCUUCUCUUAAUAACUGGAUUGUUUGGCCUCUGUAUUGGUUGGCUCAAGGAACCAUGUUCUGGGCUCUCUUUGUUCUUGGCCAUGACUGUGGCCAUGGAAGCUUUUCUAAUGACCCAAAGCUGAAUAGUGUUGCUGGCCAUCUCCUCCAUUCUUCAAUUCUUGUCCCUUACCAUGGAUGGAGAAUUAGCCAUAGGACUCAUCACCAGAACCAUGGCCAUGUUGAAAAUGAUGAAUCUUGGCACCCUCUGCCCGAGAAGAUAUUCAAUAGUCUUGACAAUGUCACGAAAAAAUUGAGGUUCACUAUACCAUUCCCACUGCUUGCAUACCCCAUCUAUCUGUGGAGUCGAAGCCCUGGGAAGAAAGGCUCUCAUUUUGAUCCAAACAGCGAUUUGUUUGUGCCAAAUGAGAAGAAAGACGUGAUUACCUCAACUGUGUGUUGGUCAGCCAUGGUUGCUAUUCUUGCUGGUUUAUCGUUCGUGAUGGGGCCUGUCCAAUUGCUCAAACUCUAUGGAGUUCCAUAUGCGAUCUUUGUUAUGUGGCUGGAUUUAGUCACCUACUUACAUCAUCAUGGACAUGAAGACAAACUCCCAUGGUAUCGUGGAAAGGAAUGGAGUUACCUUAGGGGUGGACUGACCACUCUUGAUCGCGAUUAUGGAUGGAUAAACAACAUACACCACGAUAUUGGGACCCAUGUCAUACAUCAUCUUUUCCCGCAAAUCCCUCAUUAUCACUUGAUUGAAGCUACCGAGGCUGCUAAACCGGUGCUAGGGAAGUAUUACAGAGAGCCGAAGAAAUCAUGGCCUCUUCCACUCCACCUGUUGGGAGACCUCGUGAGAAGCAUGAAGAAGGAUCACUACGUGAGUGAUACCGGGGAUGUUGUAUAUUACCAAACCGACCCCAAGCUUGCUGGAACCGAGAAGUGAGACUGUCGAUCUCUGAGGUUUCUCCUAGUUUAGUAAUGCUCGUUGGGUCUUGGCAGAUGGUUCGUUUGACUUAACUCAAUUCUCGGUGUUUUUGUGCUUGUACUACUAUUUUUGGAGGCAUUAGCGGCCAAGUCCAUUCAUUCUUACCUUAUAUGAUAUAGCUCUCUGAUCAUAAAGUUCAAGAAAUGUAUUGUGUUAUCAUUCAUGGCAGAUAUAUAAUGUAUGUAAUGAUCAUUCAGUUCAACAAAAUGAUAAGCUUUUAUUUUAUCUUAUUU